CCACACCAUCCCACACCACACCGCUCAUUCAUUCUUGUUCACUCCAAUCUUUCAUUCACUCUCGCUAAGUUUUUUCUCCAAGAUUUUCUUUCGCUUUCUUUCUUUCUAAGCCAAUCUUUCUUCCUCUGCUCUCAAAUUUCCUAGCCGUCCGAUAAUGAACGCUCUCGCCGCGACGAACCGUAAUUUCCGCCAUGCGGCACGUUUACUUGGGUUGGACUCAAAGAUUGAAAAGAGCCUCCUGAUCCCCUUCAGGGAGAUCAAGGUGGAGUGCACGAUCCCCAAGGACGACGGGAGUCUCGUGUCGUUCGUUGGCUUCAGAGUGCAACAUGACAAUGCACGUGGGCCCAUGAAGGGUGGGGUCAGAUAUCAUCCUGAGGUUGACCCUGAUGAAGUGAAUGCACUGGCUCAACUAAUGACUUGGAAGACUGCUGUAGUAGAAAUUCCAUAUGGAGGAGCAAAGGGUGGGAUUGGAUGCAACCCUAAGGAUUUAAGUAUGAGUGAGUUAGAGCGUCUCACUCGUGUCUUUACUCAGAAAAUCCAUGAUCUCAUUGGAAUUCAUACCGACGUUCCUGCUCCAGACAUGGGCACUAAUGCUCAGACUAUGGCAUGGAUUUUGGAUGAGUACUCAAAAUUUCAUGGUCACUCACCAGCUAUUGUGACAGGAAAGCCCAUAGACCUUGGUGGAUCACUGGGUAGGGAUGCUGCAACUGGGCGUGGUGUUGUAUAUGCAACAGAAGCUUUACUUGCUGAGUAUGGACAGUCAAUUAAGGGUCUGAGAUUUGUUAUUCAGGGAUUUGGAAACGUUGGUUCUUGGGCGGCUAGGCUAAUUCAGGAGAAAGGUGGUAAAGUCAUUGCAGUAAGUGACAUCACUGGUGCAAUUCAUAACCCGAAUGGAAUUGAUAUAGCAGAAUUGCUUAAGCAUAAAGAAAGCUCUGGCAGUCUAAAAGAUUUCAAUGGUGGAGAUGCGAUGGAUCCUAAUGAACUGCUCGUACAUGACUGCGACGUUCUCAUCCCAUGUGCUUUAGGUGGAGUUUUGAACAGGGAAAAUGCUGCAGACGUGAAGGCCAAAUUCAUAAUUGAGGCAGCAAACCAUCCUACCGAUCCAGAAGCAGAUGAGAUUCUAUCCAAGAAAGGAGUUAUAAUACUCCCUGACAUAUAUGCAAAUGCCGGAGGCGUCACCGUCAGCUAUUUCGAGUGGGUUCAGAACAUUCAAGGAUUUAUGUGGGAUGAAGAGAAGGUAAAUGCAGAACUUAAGAGGUACAUGACUAGAGCUUUUCACAAAGUCAAGGGUAUGUGCAAGUCACAUGAUUGCAAUCUUCGGAUGGGUGCCUUCACGCUAGGGGUUAACCGGGUUGCACGAGCCACCGUUUUACGGGGUUGGGAAGCAUAAACAGCUUCCUUUCAGUCUUCUGAUUUUCCAUUUUCCCCUCUUUUAUCUCUAAAUUUAUCCCUAAUCACAGCAGAAGAAAGUAUGAUUGAAAGCUAUUCUUGCCUCCUGCAAAGUCUUAUAUUUGUUCAAAUUUCCUUAAUCAUCAAGGGGGAUUUGUUUUAUUGAGCAACAUAAUUUCUUACCACCAAGUUGUUUGGAAGAUGGGUUAGUCAUCAUUAUUCUUGUUAUCAUUUUCGUUUUUGUUUAAGACUGAAUUGCCUAUCUUCAGGCACAUUUUAAUGGUGAACAAUAUUUCUUUCUACUAAA